GUGGUUGGGGCCCAUUAUUAUGACAGAGCCUGGGCCCUGGAGAUCUUCUCUUACUGGUUGCAAUUACAAAUUCAUGCCAAUUUUGGUGAAUGUGCACACCUGUGUUUUUUAGCAUUAUUUUUGCUAUUGCUGCAAACUCCCGGAACUGUAUUUUUUUUACAUGAAGUCAGCCUUAGCCGAAAUCUCCCUAACAGGAGUCUUCAGAAUUUAAAAUGGUGCUAAUAUUCCCUAGCAUGGGCCAAAAUGAGCCUGGAGAAGAGUCCCUGCAGUCACCUGUCUCUUAUUCAGGCCCAAGAGUCACUGUGAACACAACGGCACGCUUGUUCUGCUGACGAAAUGACACUGCCUGUGCCGGCACUCCCUCCUCUCUGUACUACUCAUCGUAUCACACACCUACACUCCAUGGGAAGGAGGAGCAUCGCCUUAAAAACACCUGGAAGUGGAGAGAGAGCAGACGCAACGAUGAGUGACUUCUCAAAGCAAGAGGGGGGAGUCGGAAGCCCAGGUAACUAUGGCCUCGGAGGAGAAUCCAAGGGAUGCGUGGGAGAGUCCCUUGGCUCUGGAGUAGGAGAAUCAAAGUUGGCCGGGAAGAGUCCAUUUGACACAGAAGUUCCUGUAAGUGUUACCGAAGGAGCAAAUGAGAGCAAAAAAGUGGAAAUCCCAGUACAGAAACAGGGGGGAGAGAGUAACCCGAUCUUGAAAGAAGGUGCAGAGACACUGAAGAAAGUGGACCAGAAAGAGAACAGGCAAAAAGUAUCAUAUAAAAAUGAGACAGCUCAGAGUGAUGUCCAUGUAAAGAUAGAGGAGGACAAAAAGAAAGAUGACAAAAAUGCAAAACCUGCCGGGAAACACAAAGAGACACCUGAGAAGCUGGGAGACGCUAAACAAGUGAACAUGGAUGUGAAGGCAGCUGAGAAAAGGCACCAAAAUGUGACUGCUCAGGAAUACAAGUCAACAGCUGCAAUGAAGGAACCGGAGAAGACUGAAGUGACAGCUCAGGUACAGGAGAAGCCAAUAGAGACUGUCCAGGAACAGGAGAAGCCUAAAGUGACAGCCCAGGUACAGGAGAAGCCUAAUGUGACAGCCCAGAUACAAGAGAAGCCCAUAGUGACUGUUCAGGAACAGGAGAAGCCUAAAUUGACAGCGCAGGUACAAGAGAAGCCCAUAGUGACUAUUCAGGAACAGGAAAGGCCUAAUGUGACAGCCCAGGUACAAGAGAAGCCUAUAGUGACUGUUCAGGAACAGGAGAAGCCUAAAGUGACAGCACAGGUACAAGAGAAGCCCAUAGUGACCGUUCAGGAACAGGAGAAGCCUAAUGUGACUGCUCAGGUACAAGAGAAGUCCAUAGUGACUGUUCAGGAACAGGAGAAGCCUAAAGUGACAGCCCAGGUACAAGAUGAGCCCAUAGUGACUGUUCAGGAACAGGAGAAGCCUAAUGUGACUGCUCAGGUACAAGAAAAGUCCAUAGUGACUGUUCAGGAACAGGAGAAGCCUAAAGUGACAGCAAAGGUACAAGAGAAGUCCAUAGUGACUGUUCAGGAACAGGAGAAGCCUAAAGUGACAGCACAGGUACAAGAGAAGCCCAUAGUGACUGUUCAGGAACAGGAGAAGCCUAAAGUGACAGCCCAUGUACAAGAGAAGCCCAUAGUGACUGUUCAGGAACAGGAGAAGCCUAAAGUGACAGCACAGGUACAAGAGAAGCCCAUAGUGACUGUCCAGGAACAGGAAAGGCCUAAUGUGACAGCCCAGGUACAAGAGAAGCCCCUAGUGACUAUUCAGGAGAAGCCUACAGUGACAGCAGAACAAGAGACGACCAAAGUUACCAUUCAGGAACAGGAAAAGCCUAAAGUCAUGGCUCCAGAGAAACUCAAAGUGACAUCUCAGGAGCAAGAAAAGCCAAAUGUAACAGCUCAUAUACAAGAGAAGCCUAACAUGACAUCCCUGGAACUGGAAAAGCCCAAGGUGACAUCUCAGGAACCAAAGAAGCCCAGGGUGACAUUUAAGGAACAGGAUAAAUCUAUAGUGACAACUCAGGAACAGGAGAGGCCUACAAUUACAUCUCCAGCACAGGUACAAGAAAAUCUUAAUGUGGCAACUCUGGAAUUGGAAAAGACCAAAGUGACAUCUCAGGAACCAAAGAAGCCCAGGGUGACAUUUCAGGAACAGGAUAAGUCUAUAGUGUCAACUCAGGAACAGGAGAUGCCUACACUUACAUCUCCAGCUCAGGUACAAGAAAAGCCUAAUGCGACAUCCCUGGAAUUGGAAAAGCCCAAAGUAACAUCUCAGGAACAAGAGCAAACCAAACACACCGCUCAAGAAGUAGAGAAACCCAUAACAUCAGUCCAGGAACAAGAGAAGCCUCCAGUGACAGCACUCGAACAGGAAAAGCAGGAGACAACUCAGGGACCAAAACCACCCAAAUUUAAAACUCCAAAACAGGAGCCACAGAGAGACACAGUGCAAGACUUGUCACAUCUGCUUCCACCAUUACCGAAGGAACCAGAGACGGCUGAGGGCUGGUUUGAACUAUGUGAGAAGGAAUGGCGUCUCAAGGAGAGGGCAAUUGUCCUGCCAGAAAAUGCCAAAUGGGAAGAAAUCUACAAAAAGAAACCCUUUGGAAGGAACCUCCUGAAAAGCCCAAAUCCUGAAGGUUUAUCCACCUCGCAGCCUCCUCCGCAGGAAGAAUUCGACCCACCCCCUGAGAAGAAGCCCCUGGAGACAUUAGGUGACUUCAGCGGGUGGCAAAUAACCGUGGAAGAAAUCCCUGUGGACAGAAGCCAUGUUCCUCCAGGUGUGGUGGUCUGUUAUCUGCCCGAGUACAGUUGGUGUGUGAAGGAGCAGCUGUUGGAUCUGAGCUCUGAAGGUCUUUGGCCCGAGUUGCUGGAUUCCUAUCAGCCGGAUAUCUAUGUCCUGGACUGGUAUGAAGACAGCAAACUCCACAAAUGUAUCUACGAGCUUCAUGUCAAGCUGCUGGCGGAGGAUAAGACAACCAUUUUAGCUCAACUAGACCUGACCCCAGAAAAUGACAUGAGUGGGGAACCGAAAGGAUGGAACAUGGUUUCCCACAUAUUCAAGUCUUACGGGCCGGGUCUCCGGUACGUUCACUUCUUACACAAGAGCAAAGACCUGUCCGUCCUGGGAUUCCACCGAACGCGAGUGGCGGACAGCACUUUAUUCGCUCAGCUUCGAGGGUGAAUUCCCCCCCCCCCCAAAAAAAGGGUGAAUUCCCAAAACAUCUGUAAUAUCCUGGACAAUCCGUAAAAAUAGUGAACUCUUUGAAGCUGAAGGAGCUUGUACAGAUUAUCGUCAUGGUAACAGUGGAUGCUGCUUAUACAGUAGGUUCAGAUCAGUAUUCAGGGCUGUAGACAUUAUAUUACUAGUAAUAUUAACCAUUCGUCAUGGUUUUCCGUAAAAAAAAAAAAAAAAAUUGCUGUCUGUUUUUGUUUCUUUUUGAUUUAUAAAUAGUCCUUAAAAGAGGAAAAAAAAAAAGAAAAGAAUUAAUGGUCGACAACACUGGAGUGAAUCCACAUAUUGAUGCCUCUGAUUUUCUCCCCAUAACUCAUCUUGAACAAUCUCAUGUUAUCUCCAUUGAUCUGGGUGUAAGAAUUUGAUCUAUGGUGCUCACUGUACUCAUCUAUAGUAUACACCAGUGUUUCCCAACCAGGGUGCCUCCAGCUGUUGCAAAACUACAACUUCCAG